AGGAAGUGACAGACCCCUUGACAAAUUCAUUUCAAUAUAUCCCAUAUGAAGUGUCUAACGAAUCUAAAACAGUUUUUCCCGAGAGAUGGGAAUUGUAUAGUUUCGCUAACUCGAAAAGCGUAUUCCAGCGGUAAAAAAGUGUAUGUGAACACAGCCAUAAAUACGAGUUUGAAGAAAAAAGAAAAACCUAUAAGAGUUAACGAAACGUUCAACAACAGAGAAAAAAAUGAUGCAGACGAACCAGACGAAGUGACUUGUACAGUAACAGAACGCGAAAGAGACGCUGCCGUAAGGAGCCGGUUGUCGAAAGCCUGCAACACGUUAGCCAACAGAAAAAUACCUCUGAGCCCUUCCGUGUUGAAUUUAUGCUUAGAAACCAACCGUAUCAAAGGAUCCGGCCUGGAGGAGUACCUCGCAGGAAGAACUGUGAAGCUGCAGAAACAGGACACUCCUCCUUUCAUCGAAUCUCCAAAUAAAUCUUCCUCCUCCUCUUCCCCACAGAGAAUCGUUAGGCAAGAGCCCGGAAAGGUCAUUUUCGCUUUCAUACCGGAAGAGUGGAUAAGAGCUUUCAUUCCUAAAACCGGUGUGUCGGGGUUUUACACGUUUCUGUUUACUUUUAGCACCUACCUCGUCAGCAAAGAGUAUUAUGUUUUGGAGCACAACUACUACGGAGGUCUAUCCAUGCUGAUCCUGUGGUGGGCAGGCAUCAAAUACAUAGGCCCACAUCUAAGAAUGUAUUUAGACAAGGAAAUAGACAUUUAUGAAAGUUCUUGGAACAAAAGUCGGAAGGAAAUGAAGGAAACUCUGGAAGAGCAAAUAGAAGACGAGCGAUUUCUUCAGUUCCAAGCUGAGGGGCAGACGCUGUUGAUGGCAGCUAAAAGAGAGAACGUUGCGUUGCAGCUGGAAGAAGAAUUUCGUAAGCGGCAAAUGUACGUCUACAGAGAAGUGAAGAAUAGACUAGAUUAUCACGUUAGAGUUGAGCAGGUUAAAAAGAGAAUACAACACUUGAAUUUGGUGGAGUACGUGAAAAGAGAGGUUACGAAAUCUAUCACACCGGAAAUGCAGAACAAACUGAUUGAUAUUUAUAUGAAUAAUAUUGUGUUGGAAUUGGGAAACGGUGACAAGAAGUGACUGCAGUGAAGGUGUAAAUGAGAUGUAAGUUUAUUGUGAAAAUACAGACUGUUGCUUUCA